CCUCCAUAACCGUCCUCAACUCCCCAUCUUCACAACUCAUCUCUCCGACUCAACAAUGACGACAAUCCGCUCUCACAACCUCCUCCUCCUCCUCCUCCCCCUCCUCCUCCUCUCAUCCUCCGCCACCCCAUCCUCCGCCACAUCAACCCACAACGUCGUGGCCUACGGAGCCAAACCCGGCGGCACCACUGACUCCAGGCAGGCCUUUUUAUCCGCCUGGAAAAACGCGUGUGCGUCUGCCCGCCCGGCCACUCUCUAUGUGCCGCGAGGGAAGUUCUUGCUGGCCGGUAGGAUUGUUUUCGAUGGAGAAUGCAGGAACAGUAAAAUGGUGGUGCGUAUAGAUGGAACCCUCGUGGCGCCGGCGGAUUACAGGGUUCUUAAAGAUGGUGGGUACUGGGUUUUGUUUCAGAACGUUAAUGGACUCUCGGUUUAUGGUGGAGUUCUUGAUGGCCGUGGGUCUGGCUUGUGGGAUUGCAAGAAGGCUGGCCAUAGCUGCCCCUUUGGAGCUACGUCAAUCGGGUUUCUCAACUCCCGGAACAUAGUGAUCGACGGGUUAACGUCGUUAAACAGCCAGGUAUUUCACAUCGUUAUCUACGGCUGCAACAACGUGAAGCUUCAAGGCACGAAAGUCUCAGCCUCCGGCGUCAGCCCCAACACCGACGGAAUCCACGUCCAGAUGUCAUCCCAUGUCACCAUCCUCUCCUCCACCAUCGCCACCGGCGACGACUGCGUCUCCAUCGGCCCCGGCACUUCCACUCUCUGGAUCGAAAACAUGGCUUGUGGCCCCGGCCACGGCAUAAGCGUCGGGAGUCUCGGAAAAUACUCUAACGAGCCCGGCGUACAAAACGUGACGGUUAAAAGUGUCAGCUUUACUGGAACCCAAAAUGGCGCGAGGAUCAAAUCGUGGGGGAGACCCAGUAAUGGUUUUGCUAAAAAUAUUAUCUUUCAACAUGUAACGAUGAACAAUGUCCAGAACCCUAUUGUUAUUGAUCAGAACUACUGUCCGGGAAACGUCAGGUGCCCCGGGAAGAUCUCCGGGAUCAAAGUUAGUGAUGUAACGUAUGAGGAUAUUCAUGGCUCGUCGGCGACGGAAGUCGCCGUGAAUUUUGAUUGCAGCCCAGAGCGUCCGUGUACGGGGAUAAAGUUGCGUAAUGUGAGACUCAGUUAUAAAAAUCAGAAGGCGGAAGCUUCGUGCAAACAUGCCGGCGGGACGGUGUCCGGAACGGUUCAGCCCAAUAGUUGCUUGUGAUGAUGGGAAUUUUUAUUCAUGAUGGAAAUUAGAAUUUAAAAAAAGAAAAUAUGUAUGUGUUGAAGCUAUGUAAUUAGUGAUAAUUUGGUUGGUGUUAGAGAUUAAAGUAAUUUAGUUGGAUUUUAGUGUGUUUUGAUGUGAUUUGAGAAAAAA